AUGCCUCAACCAAAAACAAAGAUUUUAGGCGUUGUUUAUGGUAUUGGCAUGAACGUAAACAACAUAAUUGGAUCAGGAAUCGUAACCGCACCAGGAGUUAUUUGGUAUUCAGUACAAUCUCCAGUAGUCGUAUUAAUAUUAUGGGUUAUAGGUGGACUUGUUAGUAUGUUAGGAUCGUUAUCAUACGUUGAGCUUGGUGUUAGACAUAAAAUAAGUGGAGGAGAAACAAAAUAUUUGCAAACUGCUUUUCCGAAUCCAAAAUAUUGCAUUAGUUAUCUUUUUAGCUUUAUGUGCAUUGCUGCAGUUUUACAAUCUGCGGCGCAAUAUUUUUGGUAUACUAUUAAAGAGAAUCGAUAUAAAGAUGAAAUUGAAUAUGAUAAAAUUGGAUGGACCCUUCCAUUUUCUCCAUUUUGGGCUAUAAAAUUAAUAGCGAUUGCAAUUUUAUUUAUUAUAACUGGAUAUCAUAUGAUUAAUAAUAGAUUGGCUAACAUUAUAAACCAAUCCCUCGCAUUUAUAAAAUUAAUUACAUACACAAUGAUUGCUAUAGCCGGACUUUUUCAAUUGACAACGGAUACAAGUCGGAAUAAUUGGCAAAACUCAAAGAGUGUAAAUACAGAUUUUUCUGCUUACUCUUCUGCUAUCUUAUUGGUGAUGUUUAGUUACAACGGAUGGAAUACAUUAAAUUACUCGCUGGACGAAUUUAGAAAUGUAGAAAAAAAACUUCUUUACAAUUUUUUUGUAAACGUUGCAUAUAUUUCUGUUGUAACUCAAGAAUAUGUAUUUAAUAAUGAAAACGAGAAUGAAGUUAUAGGCGCAAUUUUCUUUAAUAAUUUAUUUAACGAUCAUAAAGAUAUCGUCAGAAUUUUUACCUUUCUAAUUGUACUUUCUGUAAUUGGUACUGCUGCAUCAAAUAUAUGGAGUGGCUCAAGAGUGAUUGUUGCAGCAGCAGAGUCAGACUUUUUUUUCUCUCGAUAUUCGCGCAAAUUGAGCGCCUUACACGAAAGUUAUGACACGCCAAUAAAUGCUUUAAUAGCACAAUUCAUUUGGUGUUCAUUCUUUAUAUUGAUUGGUAGUAGUGUUAAUAUUACCAAUUUUCAAUUUUAUUCACAGUUUUCAAUAUAUAGCGGUUGGAUUUUUUACUUUAUUACUGGCAUAGGAUUAUUGAAAAUUCGAUUUCAAAGGAAAUUAGAUCUAAUUGAAAAGCAUGAUAAAGAAAAAAAUGCACAAGGCAAAGAAGUUGGAAACAAAUUACAUGGUGAACCUUCUGAGAUGGGAGUAAUAUUAAAGUUAGACAUUAAUAAUUAA